AUGAGUGUGUUGGAAGAAUCAGCAGUGACCAAAGAGAUGGACCAAUUGAAAAAAGAUUUAAAAAAUGGGCCAGUACGUGAUCAGGCAAACAAAUGGAGUGAUUCAUUAUUUGAUAAAGGUGUAGCUGGAUUAGAAAUGGAAUUCGCGAAAUUAAAUAAAAUGGUUGAAAAAAUUGGAACAAAAGGAUUUGAUGCAAAUGCGGAACGAAAUCUUAGCAAAGGUAUUGUAUGUCAAGAUAAGAAUCGAGUUUUGCUAAAAAAUGUUACAAAUAAUUACAUUCAUGCAAAUUAUAUAAAUACACCAAAAUUCACUAAACACUUCAUUUGUACGCAACGACCAAUGCCAACAACCGUAGAAUCAUUUUAUAAAAUGCUUAUACAGGAAGAGGCGCAAUGUGUCGUGAUGUUGUGCGCAUUUAGUGAAAUUACUGAAAAAAGUUGCUCGCCGUACUUUCCACAAUCAUCCACUGACAAGCCAAUGAAAUUUGGCUCUAUCACUGUCAAAUGCAUUGUUGCAGAGAAAAUGAGGGAAGAGGAGAAUAUAACGAUUACUGUACUGGGAAUCACUGAUGCUAGUAAAGCACAACUUGUAGUAAAACAUUAUUACUGGAAAAAUUGGCCUGAAAAGGGUUUUCCGGAUCCGUCACUUGCUGUUUUCAAUUUGAUAUGUGCAAUUCGUGAUUCCAAGAAGCCGAUCGUUGUGCAUUGUUCUGAUGGUGUUGGCCGAAGUGGUGUAUUUGUUGCAAUCGAGUACAUACUACAAAAAUUAUUACGAGGUGACAAUUGCGCCGAUCUCAUAGAUGUGGUGAAGGAAAUUCGAAAUCAACGGGCUAUGGCUAUAAACACUUUUUCGGUUUGCUUAUAA